CUCACUCCACCCAACACACCCACCUCACCCCACCCCAUCCUGUUUUAAUGCUCCCAAUCCUCUUUGUGGGAGAGUGACGUCUGCUACUGUCAGGAACGGAGUUAAGCUCAGCAGGCACCAGGAGAACAGAGAGGAGAGAAGCUCCCUGCCUUAGGGACAGCCAAGUUGGACUGGCCUUCCUCUGGGACGAAUAUACCGUAUGCUACCCACACUAGACCUGCUGCUCCUUCCUCCAGCUGGGGACCACACGAGGAACACUUGAUUGGGUGUAACACGAUACUUACCCUCAGUUAAAAACUCUCUCCCCUUGCUUGAGAGCCUUGAUUGCUUUCAGGGAUAAUUGCUCUCAAAACUGGAACACAAAGUCACCUGCGGGGGAAAACAACAUUCACGUAAGGAUUUUUUGUGGCUACGGCAUCAUCACUUUGUUUCCUUAAAGAUAUUUCUUGCCUGAGACCAUAACCCUGUCAACAUCAUAUUGGUUUGACUUUACCUUUCUGCUCUGAGAGCAAAAAAGCUGCGUGGAACGCUUUCUUCAAGUCUUGAUGGUGUGAACAUGCACACAAAUCAUUUUGGGUUCACGAGUGUUUGAAACGGAACAGCUAAUUGAGUGUGUGUCGGGCUCUGCUGGACCACAGUUUACUUGUGGUGUGCGUUUUUGGUUGUAUUCGUCUGAAUGAAACAAGUCAGAGGCAGUUGAAAAGUGUGCAUCACGUGAGAAAGGGCUGUGGAAAUACCCUUCCUGGAUUUACCAGCGAUGGAAAGUUAUGACGAAUUUGGAGAGGGGGAGAGGGACAGUUACCAGAUCGACUACCGAAGGAUUGUGGGAGACAUGGAGCCAGCUUGGCCUCGCAACUCAAAUAGAGACGUGGCCUAUACCCAGCCAAUGUCGCAUGGACACGGUCAUGAGACUGCAGCCCAGCGAUACAGCGCCAGCCGCAUCCAAGCUGGGUAUGAAAGCAUGGCUGACUACUUGAUCAGUGGUGGAACAGGUUACGUCCCUGAAGAUGGACUAACAGCACAGCAACUUUUUGCAAUUGGUGAUGGACUCACGUACAAUGACUUCUUAAUCCUUCCGGGGUUCAUAGAUUUCACUGCUGAUGAGGUGGAUCUGACUUCUGCACUAACAAGGAAGAUCACCUUAAAGACACCUCUCAUUUCAUCUCCCAUGGAUACAGUCACGGAGUCAUCCAUGGCCAUUGCCAUGGCACUGAUGGGUGGGAUUGGAAUAAUUCACCAUAAUUGCAGUGCAGAGUUUCAGGCAAAUGAGGUGCGCAAAGUCAAGAAAUUUGAGCAGGGCUUCAUCACAGACCCUGUGGUAAUGAGUCCUCAUCACACAAUCGGAGAUGUGUUUGAGGCAAAGAUACGCCAUGGUUUCUCUGGGAUCCCAGUUACAGAGACAGGGAAGAUGGGAAGCAAGCUAGUCGGCAUAGUAACCUCCAGAGACAUAGAUUUUUUGUCUGAGAAGGACCACGACAGGCCUUUGGAAGAGGCGAUGACAAGAAGAGAGGACCUUGUAGUUGCGCCAGCUGGAGUCACACUAAAAGAGGCUAAUGAUAUAUUGCAGCGAAGCAAAAAAGGUAAGCUCCCCAUUGUUAAUGACAAUGAUGAGCUGGUUGCCAUUAUUGCUAGAACUGACCUAAAGAAGAACAGAGACUAUCCUCUGGCUUCCAAGGACUCACGCAAACAGUUGCUCUGUGGGGCCGCCAUUGGCACCAGGGAGGAUGACAAAUACAGACUGGACCUCCUGGUGCAGGCUGGGGUGGAUGUGGUGGUCCUGGACUCUUCCCAAGGAAACUCAGUGUAUCAAAUCAACAUGAUAAAUUACAUCAAACAGAAAUAUUCUGAUCUUCAAGUGGUUGGUGGCAAUGUGGUGACAGCUGCACAGGCUAAAAACCUAAUAGAUGCUGGUGUGGAUGCCCUGAGGGUUGGAAUGGGGUGUGGCUCUAUCUGUAUCACCCAGGAAGUAAUGGCAUGUGGCAGGCCACAAGGUACAUCUGUUUAUAAGGUUGCAGAGUAUGCCAGACGUUUUGGAGUCCCUGUUAUUGCAGAUGGAGGUAUUCAAACAGUUGGACAUGUGGUUAAGGCUCUCGCGCUGGGAGCGUCCACAGUGAUGAUGGGGUCUCUGCUUGCUGCAACCACCGAGGCUCCAGGUGAAUAUUUCUUUUCUGAUGGAGUGCGCCUGAAGAAAUACAGAGGAAUGGGCUCCCUGGAUGCUAUGGAGAAAAAUAACAGUCAAAAACGAUACUUUAGUGAGGGAGAUAAGGUGAAGGUGGCUCAGGGGGUCUCAGGAUCAGUGCAAGAUAAAGGCUCCAUUCAGAAGUUUGUUCCCUACCUUAUUGCUGGUAUACAGCACGGCUGCCAGGACAUAGGGGCCAAAAGUUUGUCUAUUUUACGGUCGAUGAUGUAUUCAGGAGAGUUAAAGUUUGAGAAGCGGACCAUGUCUGCUCAGAUGGAAGGGGGAGUUCAUGGCCUCCACUCAUAUUCUUUUGUGCCAUUUACAAGAGGUGGCCUUAACGAGUCAGGAGGAAGAGGAAAUACACGCUCAGUACCAAAUGUUCCAGCUCCUGCUGCUAUGACCAGAUGCAAUGGACGCAUGUGAUCAAACUACUGAACACAAAGCUGAUUUUGCAUUAUUUACUCUUAGAAUUGAACUCUCUAGUUAAAUAUCUUAAAAAGAGAUAUGCAACAAAAGACAAAGUAUGAAUGCCCCAAACAAGUUGAAUGUUUUCAUAUAUAACUUUAAAUUGCUGACAGCAAAUGGGAUGAGUUAAAUGUUGGAAAAAUCUAUGGAAAAAAAAAAGAGCUUUCAACUAACUGCAAAUCUGCAGUGAUGAUUUUAACCUAUUCUUAAGCUACAGUGAACUAAGAGGGUUCAGUGCAAAAGCAUGAGAGAGCUUCGUCAACCAAUAGGCACUGAAGAGUAGACCCAUGCUUGCCAAAAACAUUUAUAGAGCUACAGUUUUUCUGAAUCAUUUUCUUAAGAGGGAAAAAUUGACUUACAAUUUAAUUGAAAAACAACAACAAAAAAAGGCAAAGACAGUUUUGGGCUAAAGGUUCCAAAUCUUUCAGCAUUACAACAUUUAUUAGAAUAAUGCUGGAUCUUUUGUCAGAAAUGGUUGAUUUUCAAGCCAAGAAAAAAAAUUCAAAUGGUAAUAAAAAUGCAAAUAUAAACAUUAUGGUACUUUCAUUUCCUUUGACUUUUUAUUUGAGUACAGACAGUGUGAACACAAAUAUUUGAAACUUGGUUCAUCAGCUUAAUUUCAUUCUUUAAUAUGCAACAUUUCAGACCUAUGAACAUCUUUUUAAAAACUUUGAAAAGGAUAAAUUUAGUUGUGGUCAAUAAUGGUAUAUGGUUGUAUAUUUACAAAUGAAAUACAGCUGAUGAAGGAGAAAAAUCACGAUCAAACUGCCCUAAAAAAACUUUAAGUCAAUGCUGAUCUACAAACAACCUCAGUAAAAUAUGCAGAACAGCAGAAACUACCCAACGACAGAUGGACAGAGAAGUUUCUUGAUAGAAACAACCAACAUUCUCAGGCUAUCAUUACAGCUAAAGGUUCUGUAAUUGACACUUAUUGAGUUGCUUUUAUCCAUUUUUGUCCAAUUUUUCUGACUUUAUGAAUUACUUUAGAAAUGUGUUUCCUAUUGAAUCCUUGCUGAAACUUGUUUAAAAAUUGUUUUAGUGUAACCUAUAUAUAUAUAUUUUUUUAGCACAUCUCGCUUUUCAAAUAUUUUAGAACAAGGCAGAUGAGAAUUUUUUUUUUUUACAAAGGCAGAUUCAUAUGAAUGGUAUCUGUGCAAUAAACUUUACUAUAUACACUAUUUAUUUUCUCAUUAAAACUUGAUGAAUCCAGUUUAAAUAGUUCAAGUUCUUCCAUUAGAUAAUCUCUUGACAGCAAAAGCACUGUUUAGCAAUAGAGGGUUCACUGUUGACAUUCAUGAGCAUCUUUCUGAGACAAUCAUGACCAUGACAAUCAUCGUUUGAAAAAAUAUUUUGCUUAAAAAAAUUACUGCAAGAAAAAUUUAAUAAACAAGCAAAAGCACAAUACUACAUACACUAAAAGAAAGCACCUAACUGUAACUUUAGUCCAAAGACUUGUGAUGGGGGUGGUAACAUAUAAAGAUCCCUUGAAGUACCCUUUAAGUUUGCCCAUUUAACACUUCGGAGCAUAUAUACACCUUUCGGAGCAUCCAAAAGUACUAACGUGUAUUUUUGGGUCCAGUUAUUAGCCACAAGGGGUACGUAAGAGACUGUGCCUGUAUUGUUGAAAGUAUGGGGAAGACAGGUGGCAAUAUUAUGUCACUUCCAUCGUCUUCCUGGGGGUGUUGAGAUAUACAUAAUACAAUAUCAACAUUAUUUACAAAGAUGUUUGCAUCUACACAUUAAAUCAGUAGUAUAAUAUCCUGUUUUAGUUUGGUUCAGUUUUUUUUGUUUUAUUUUAUGAUGUACAGUUACAUUUCUCAAUCUACCCUAAUGAAAAUAUGCUAAAUUAUUUCUGUAUAAUAUAAGAUGCUGUCAAAACAUAGCUGAUGUUUUAUUUGUUCCUACAAUUCAAUGGUAUCACUGCAAACACUCAGGGCAUCAAUUUGUCUGCACACAUGGACAAACUCUGCUUGAACAGCAAGAUCCCAUUCUAGUUGUUUGCUGUCACUCAGUUGCUUAGUGCCCGCCAAUCGGCCAGAGCCAUGACUGUCUUGGGAGGCAAGGCUCAAUGUUCGGUAACGCCUUUGGUAAGACAGGUGUGGGAUUCCCCGUGAUAGGCUGCUAUGAGCAAAGUGCUGCCCUCUGUUGGCCCAAGAAUGUGAACGCAUCUUUCCCAUUUCCUUUGGCUGGCUGCACAAACCCUGGGUUGAACCAGUAUGGCUCCCUUUCCAGUCCAAUUGCUCUGGUGGCAUCGGCGGAUUGGAGGGAGAGGUCAAACUGCCUUGUGGUUGGAAAGCUUUGGAGUUGGACAGGGUGUUAUCUCGAUCUACAUUUCCACAAGAAGAAGUUCGGUAAAGGGUAUCUACCACAGAGCAGGAUAUUUGCUUGGAUGCACCUUGGGCAGGAGAGUGCAAUGAAACAGUUGAAGAAGCAUGGUGCAGUCUUGGUAGACCAAAGAUACUGUGAGAGAAUAGGGAUUCACUGAAAAGAGCUUGGUCAAUACUGCGGGACAAGUCGAUUGGGGAUGGGGGCCGUAAGUCCCCAGUAGAAUCAGAUUCUACACCUAAACUAUCUAGUGAUGACUGCUGAGGCUUAACUAUGUUUUCAGGUUUGCAUGGUUCACUUGGGGUUAUAGGUAGGGGUAACAAACUCUGUGUUUGGUUGUGAUUGGGGACACAAUCUAAUUCAUUUUUAGAGGGAUCAACCAUUGAGCAAAGAGGAAGAGUUUCAGACUGCCUCUUGGUAACAACAUCACAGACAACCAGCUUUUCUUGCUUACUCUGGGAAAAGGACUCAUGAGAGGAGAGAACGGGGGAAUCUGCUCCAUUCUGAGAGGGCAGUGUGAGUUCUCGUAAUGGAGAGUUGCAGGAUAGACGAGACCAAGAUCCUGGCCGUGGAUGAGUUAUGGUCUUUAUCGAGGAGUGUUUGUGACUGAAUAAAGGGUGUGUUCCGAUGAUGGAUAAACCUAGACAGACCCCAAUUUCACAGAGUCUGCAGCCUACCUGGUAACCCCACCAUGGCCAAGCCAUAAAACCAUAACCAUCAACCCCACCAAAACCAAGUGCAUGUAGAAUCCCAUAUAGUUGAAGACCCCCACAUCCUAACAAGCUCAAUGCAGUUCCUAUUCCAGUUCUUGCUGCCCUAUUCCAGUCUUCUACUUUGGAAAAGGGACAAACUGUUACUCUGAUCACUUCAGGGGAUCCUUCACUUUCUCCAUUGUCAUUAAGCCUGUAAACAUGUUUUGUGCUUACUUGUGUGAAGAUGAAGAAUAUGAGGUAAGAGCAUGAGAGAAAUAUGGUGAGGCAGACAAACACUACCUGAGGAAGCAGGAGGAUCACUAUAGGGAGGCUAUUGAAGAGGUAGUGGAGUCCAACACAUCCUAGUGAGACUACAAAAUGCAACAAAGACAUGCAUAGUAAAAUGCAAGGCUUGGGCAGGGCUGAGAAUGAGGCAGAAAUUGCAAAUGAAAGAGAAAGAUGCCUGCGUGAGCGCAAGGAAAGAAGGAGGAAAGCCAGUGAAAAUCCUGAUAUCAAACAGGGCAAUGGAAGUUCAAACAGCAGAAGCGUGAUUAGUGUGGGAAGGCGAUCUUGAGAACUGUAAGCAUCAUAUAACAAACAGAAUGCUUGGAUACCUGUAAAUGCCAUAAUGAAGAAGUGCAACAUUGUGAGAUAGAGGCUACCAGGGGGACACCUGAGAGGCAAGCCUAACAGGCAAACCAUGGAAAUGAAUCCGAAGAGAGUGAAGACUGAUCCCAGGCCAUAGAUGUGUGCUUCCCAUGCAAAUCCCCAUGUAGCAUGAGCAGAGUUCCAGUCUGAGUAUAAUGGGACCAACAGGGCAGGGCUGAGACCUAGAGGUGGGUGCAAGGACUCACUGGGUGUGAAUUCAUAAGGGUAGGUGACAGUCCAGGACUGAUCGGAUGUUUUACAAGGUAUGGUUGUUGUAUCCUCAUUACUGCCAACUGUGACUGUACCGCCGGCCUUUGAAACGUGCAAAUUGUCUUUCCUGGGAUCAUCUGGAUGCCUCUGUGCUGGCCGUUCCUGUGUGUAAAUCAUGACCUGCAAUGUCAAUCAGUCGAUCUUGUUUUCCAUGUGUGGACAUGGUAAUCCCUGUUGUUCUUCCCCAGUUGCUCUGGCUUGCUGUGGGAGUUGGGUGCUGAGGAUUAGCUCCAAGUCCUGCCAAAAGCGUUGAAAUCCACCCUUUCCCAGGUUUGUGUGUUGUUGCUAAUGUUGGUUUGCUCUCUCGGGUUUGUGUAGGGUAAACUAUGGUUACAGAACUCUUCUCAGUUGACUGAUAAUUAAAUGUUUUCUCCUGGACAGAUUGUUGAAGUUUACUUCCUAAUGAAGGCCAUUUUGUUUGCAUACUCUCCUUUAAGACUGAAUCCUCUGUCACAGUCUCAUGGUGUCUGGAUGGAAGUGCCUUCAUAUUAGGGUGUAAAAGAAAGCUCUCCUGCCAAUCACUGUAUUCACCGAUCACUCCUUGUCUGUCUGUGUCCUCUGAUGAUGAAAUGGGCCAUAUCCAAGACUGACUCGUGAAGUCAACAUCCUCAGGUCCAAACAUGGUACUUGCUGGUUGUAAACCAGAUCCUUGAGGUUUAUGUGAGGGCUGUCUGAGAAACUGUGGAACUCUGUCAGUUUCUACCUGUUGGGUUUCUUUUGCAUUUUCUCCAAUUAAAAAUUCAAAAUGCAAUAAGAGGGGUAAAGAGAGAUGGAGGAGAUUAUGAAUAUUCCACAACACGACCAUGGUGUGGUGUCUUGAUUUCCACUUGGGGUUGUUGUCUGGUCACAUCUUUGAUAGUUCUCAGAUAUCAGACUACCAAAAAUGUCACUGGUGACAUAUCUCAUCAAUAGCCUGUCCUGCUGCAGCCUCUUUGAACAUAUAUGCAGCGCUGUGCUGCUGCAUGUCUGCAGUCGCGGUAUGCACAGCACUCUGUGUCCU